AUGAAGGAGAAGAAAGAGGAAAGAGGAACAAAAUGUCGUCGGGAUUUAGUCCUUCGUCUUUCUAUAAACAGAAAGAAAAGGGUGGAUCCCGUCGAGCUGCUCUCUUCUUCCUCUAUCCAUUUCAAAAGAUCCGAAAAGAGGGAAAGAAGAAAACUCGGCUGUCUGGACCUUGAGCUAUUGAUCUUCCCAUACGGAUCUGCUAGGGCGUCUCUAGGAAGAGAGCUCUGUGCAGUUGGUAGGGUGGGGUUGGGAGUUGGGGUUGAACGACUAGAGGGGGUGAGGGGAAGAUAUAACGGUGGGACAGGGUUCGAAAGUUCAAAAGGUUCGAGUAGUUUUUGGGAAAGAGAAUUGGGGUGGGCUGACGAAGAUGUCGAUAGAGUAGAGAUAUGUAGCAGGGAAGAAGGGGAAAGGGGGAAAGAAGGAGAAAGUUUCGUGGCGGUUUUGAUCAUGUGGCGGAAAUCGAUGGCAUGCAGUCAUAGUACUCGUUAA